CCUCUCCUGCCCGGUUAAAGGUGAGCGCAGGAGGCGGCGGUGCUGUUUGCCCACCGCGACUCCUCGGAGGACGUUCACAGAGAUGUCACCAUGCCCAAACUUUUGUUUUCGAAGGUUCGGUUUUACGAGAUCAGGGAUCUGAUGCAGAAUGUGAAGCGGCCGAGAAGGACUGAUAUUCUUAACGGAAGGAGGCGUAAAAAGGACGUCCAGGGCCUGAUGGUGCCAAAAAUAAACGAUGAGCCGUCUCCUGUAAAACUCAGUUGGCAGACUGAGCAUAAACUACACCUAACUCUGGAAAAGUUGUUACGGGAUAAAAAGUGUUUGGCGGCGUUCCAGACUUACCUGCAGUCGGAGUUCAGCGAUGAAAACCUCGAGUUCUGGCUGGCGUGUGAAGACUUCAGGUCGACCGCCUCGCCUGACAACCUGCACUGGAAAGCUGAGGAGAUCUACGAGGAGUUCAUCCGGCCCGCGGCCUGCAGAGAGAUCAACGUUGACCACCAUAUUAGGGAGAAUAUCAAGAAGUCCUUGGAGAAACCGAGCCUCUCCUGCUUCGACGAGGCCCAGAAACACGUCUACCUGCUGAUGGAAAGAGAUUCCUGCCCCAGAUUCCUGCACUCUGACGUCUACCUGAGUCUGAAGCGCAAAUCCAGAACUAUGUGGUACAUCUAGCUGAGAGGGAAUGCUCUCAUCAGGUCGACGCGGCUUUUAAAAAAAUCCUCACGCGGCAGGACUGAAAAGUUACUUCACAAAGUAUGAAACAAACAAAAACAGCUAUUCUUUUGUAGGGGUAGGUGAUAGCUCACAUACUCGAAACCCCAGACUGAAACUAAGUUUUCAACCAUGUGUAUUGUAACUUCUUUUUUUUUUUUUAUAAUGGCAAGCUAAUAAAAAUGUUUAUCUAUAAAUAACUUUAAGUGAAUAAUUGAAAGAAUUAGAAAAACAAAUCAAAGCAAUUUGAAGAUCACACAUUAGUGCAGAAAUAUGAGAUUAAGAAAGCUGCCGACGAUAAGAUAAAAUAAAAACUCUGGAAAACGAUGAAUCUAGUCGGUAAGAUCAGAGCCAAGCAGUUUGAACAAUUUGUGCUAAUUUGUGUUUCCUUUUUUUUAAGUUUGAAAAAGUUGAAGGUGAAUUCAAGCAAUUCAAGAAAGUGUCAAAAUGUCUUUGAGAAGGAUUUAAAAGGGGAUAAGGAGAGGAUUGAUGAAAUGUUGUGGACUAUAAUAAAGCAGGACAAACACCUAAGAGGAGAAAAGUAAUGUGAGUGGGGGGGGGGGAGUAUUUGUACGUAGAGGGAGGAAGACGGAUGUUGGUAUGUGUCAGUAGACGACUGUCCAGAGUUUGUUGUUGUUUGAAAAUCUAUACGUGUUACAUGAAAGUGUUUCCGAGUACAGUACGAUAAAGGAUUUGGAAUGAUGAAUAAAUGGUUUGUGAUAAGUGGAA